AUGGGUAACGUCCCGCAACUGAUUAAAAUUGGAAUUUCCUUGAAAACAACUACACACAAUUGAUCCGUAUUGUUCUAAACGGAUGGAACGACAUUUGACCAGAGCAGAGAAUUAUUGACCGAAAUUAAGUAUAGAAUUGACGUGGUCAUUAAACCUGGCGCCACUGAGGCUAUAUCCAUGACUGUUGGUGGGAUAACUUUUCCCUUGGACCAGCAGUCCAAAGACCCCACAUCAGUAAUAUAUUCAGGAGCAUAUGAGACUGAAGGAGUAGCUCACACCAAAAGAGAGGAGAGGCAACCUGUCCAAGUCAGCAUACAGAUAAGCAGGUGUAGUUUCAAUCAGGCUGGCCUAUUUGAGAAUGUGUGGCAGGUAAAAUUCUACAAUUGCAACAAGAGAGACCACUGCCAGUGAGGAAACAGCUUCUGCAGCAUUGAGUAUGAGUGUAAACCCAAUGAAACUUGUAGUUUGAUGUCCAUCAAUAAAGAACUGUUUUUGUGA